GUGGGUGUGACCCCCUCCUCUCCCCCUCUCUCUCUCGAUUCCCCUCACUCCCCUUUCUUUCUCUCUUCAUCCCUCUUCUCCAACAUCAUUCGAUUUUGAUUCAAUCUUGUUUCUCCCGUGCUGAAUUUUGCUUUGGUUUUCCCGUGAUCUGUUCUUGUGUGCAGGGAGAGGCCUGGUUGGGCGCCCCCUUCCUCCUUUCUGGUCUUGCGCGAGUGGCCUGGGCGAGCUGGUGGUGCAGGGUUCUCGGAGCGCACAGGGGACCAGCACUUGGUGCAGCUGCUGAGGCGCACGCUUCCGCCGGCAGCGAUGGCGGUCGGAGUGCCGACUGCCGAGCGCGCGGCGGCGCCAGGCUCGGGAGCGGCAGCCUGCGCUCGUGGCGCUCGCGAGCCAGGCCGGUCGAGCUGGCAGGCCGGUGCGCUUGUGGGCCGUGCGCACAGGAAGGGCUGACAGGCCGCCCGGUUUGCACGUGUUGCAAGCAGGCUGGUGCAAACAGCCAGCCCACACGCGGCCCAAGGGCAGUUUGCCCACGCACGCUGGUGGCAGCCCAUCACAGUAACACCGAGAAAGCACAGUGAGCUCUAUUUCAUUUCUCUCAUAUUUAUCUUUUUACUGCUAGCUUGUCUUAGAGUGCCUUUAGUAGGGCUUUUGAAUCUGCUUUUGUUUUUGCAAAAGCUAAAAUCCAACCAAAAGACUCAAAAGCUGUUUUUACUCUAGUACAAAGUGGAAGCACCUCCAUCCCCUGCUUUCACAUGCUUUUUGAUCAAAUAUUUACCCACCUGUCAUUGAUUAUGAUGCAGACCGGUUCGGGUUCUUUCUUUUCGGUUGUAGUCCCCUCUCUCUCCCUCUCUCUCACGACCAUCGGCGCGUGCUCCCCGGCACCGCUCGGCCUGUGCCGCCAUGAGCUCGCCCCGCCGCGAGGCCACUCUGCCACGCGACCACCUCGCCGCCGCUGCCAUGCGCUCACUCCGGCGCCGCCACUCCGCCACCCAGCCACUCCGUCGCCGCCGCGAGCUCGACCCACCGGCGCCGCGAGCUAGCCGCUCCUCUGCUAUCGGGAGACCACUCCGCCGCAGCCUCGAGCUCGCCUUGCCGGCGUAGCGAGGCCACCCUGCCGCCGCAAGCUCGAUCCUCCGCCGCCGCAAGCUCGCCUCGUCGGCGACGCGAGGCCACCCCCCUCCAGACGUUGUGAGGCCACCCAACCGCCGCGAGGCCACCCAGCCGCUACCAUGAGGCCACCCUACCGCCGCUUGAUCCCCGGCUUCCCUUCGGUGACGCCUCUCCCCAAUCGGGCAACGCCUCUCCCAAUCCGGCGGCGUACGGCGGCCCCGCGGGUGGGCAGGCUCGCGAGGGAGGGCAAGCUCAAGCUCUUCGCCAUCGCCAUGAGGCCACCUUGCCGCCGCUUGCUCCCCGGCUUCCCUCCGGCGACGCCCCCUCCCCAAUCCGGAGGCGCCCCUCCCAAUUCGGCGGCGUACGGCGGCCCCGCAGGUGGGCAGGCUCGCACGGGAUGGCAAGCUCAAAGUCCGCGCCGUCGCCCUGAGGGCGAGCUCCGGCUUGCCAGUCCCGGCGUGCCAUCCAUGGUGAGAGAAAGGAAGAAGAUUGGUGAGAGGGAGGAAGAAGGGUUGACGCUCGGGGUUCACUUGUCAGUGAGUGGGAGAGACCGUCGAGUGGUCAGGAAUGUGUAUGACACGUAGGGUCUGCAAAGCAAUUUUUCAAAAGCCACAGCCAAUUCACCAAACGGUCUUCUGCUUUUCCAACAGCUACUUUUUUACAGCUGCUUCUCCACAGCCCACAGCUCACAGCAGCUUUUUCAAAAACCAGAACUCAACCAAACACACCUUUAGUCAGUUAAUUAGUACUUCCUGCCACUAAUAUGUUAAUUAGUUUAGUUUGCAUGCUGUUUUAUGUUAAUUAGUUUAGUUCCUGCUAUUUGCUUUUAGACCCUUGCAUGCUUAGUUAGCUAGUUUUAAUUAGCUUUUGUUAGGGCUAAGUAAAAAGGAAUAACAAAACAAAAAUUAGUUUCUUUUGUAUUCGUGCUAGUUAAAUUUAUUCCCUGUCGAUCUUGCUUUUGAUUUACCUGUGCUCUAACCCCUGUCUAUCGAGUUGUUGAGGUGUUUGGCUUUCCGCAGUUUUACUUUGAUUUUCAGUCGUGCAUCUGUGCACGUGAGUUUUUGUUCGAGCUUUUCUUUGUCGAGCUUCUGCGUGUGUGUAACGACUUCAUUGUGUGGGUAUUCCUAGUACUAAUAGCCAUCCUGAGCUAUGCGGUACUAAUACUUAUUUCUCUGAUUUUUCAAAAUCAGAUUUGAGGCUCCCAUUCACUGCCUUUUGGUCGCGAUCCUUCAGUCUUUCUGCUACAGUUCAUCACUACUCUUCCCGCUCUCCUCAUCAGCUCACUCGAGCUCUUUCUACCCUCCUCCUCAGCUCCACCAUCAGCAGCAGCACUCUACAUCCUCUAUCACAAGUCCCAGCGCUCAUCUGCACUCGAUCCGCAGCUCUGUCUGCGAGUGAAACCCCACCGAGACCGGCCUCUUCCUGUUACUACCACUCUCACAGGCUGUUCGUGUUCAUGACAACAGCAGCAGCAGUGUCACUCCUCAUCCUCCUACCGAGAUCCCAACAGUCCGCAUCCGAAUCUCUUAUCUUUGCAUUUUAGAUAGUUGAUUGAGGCUUGGUGCGCGAUGGCAAGUUAUCUAGUUCCAAAAGUUUUUGUUUCGAUAUUUUUUUAGAAAAUUGACAGAAUCACUACAAUAUAAAUGAGAAAAACAAUCACAAGUAACAUGAUUAAAAUCAGAAAGGGAAAAAUACCCAAGAAUCCUCAAUGUUUUGAUCAAAUUCCAGGAGAGUGAGAUGUCUUUAUACACAAUCAAAUAUAUAUUAACAAAAUCCAUCAGGGUAAUAUCAUGACCAGAUACCCUUUCUCCAACAGUCUCAAAUUUCAUACAAAUGUAAAAAAAAAACAUCACCAAACAACUCUUUAGUUGUUCAUACCGGCAAAUUUUGUUUAUUUAAUCUAAUGCAAUGGCCAAAAAUAAAUAUACGGAGUUACUAUAGUAGUGUACAAUAGCUUGAAAAUUUAACUAGCCUUUUAUGUUGAAUUUGGUCAUCUUGUUCUUUUGCGUGGCUAGUCGCGCAUUAUAUUGGAAUGCUGAUGAUGGCGAGUAGCCAUUUCCCCAAGUUUUCUUUGGUGAUUUUGUUUCAAUUUCAUUUAUUUAUUUGAAAACUGACAGAACCUUUUUGUAAACAAUUGCACCAUAUAUAGGUCAAGCAGAUUAUUAAACAAUACAAGCACUUAACUAAGCCCGUCAUCUCAUACAUGACGUUGUCUCUUGUGUGUUUUCGUUCCCAUGGUAUGAAUUGCCUCCAGUGCGCACAAUGAUUCCUGCCGGGUGCCAGAUGUUGGAGAACAAUGAUGCACGCCGCUGGAACUGAGAAAAGUAUGAUGGAUCGAUGCCAAGACGUCCGGCGCAAGUAUGCCCAGGAUGUCAGGCACGUUGCUUGCCAAAGUGAGACCUUCGUGUGUCGGUCCUGGCGCUUACGUGUCCAUGGCACUUGCAGCUUUGCCUUUUCUUUUCUUUUUUUCUCCCUCUCCUGGUCGAUCGAUCAUUCCACACGGCUCCAUCGAUGCUUCUCCUGUGCUACUACGUGCGUGCGUGACAACUUAAAUUUGAAAGAUGGAUUGGUUGUAUUUAUUAUGUGGCCUACCAUGGAUCAACGGCUACAAAUUAAACAAGUCGAGCCCAAGCAUCAUUGACAAAGUUAAAAUACCAUCAAGAGAUCAAGUGAAGUGCAUGUGACCUGGAUGUCUGUCUCGAGACACUAUAUAUAACUGUCCCCCUGGUUCACCACUUCGACCAUCGAAGCCAUAGUAGGAGAGAAAAGGAAAAAGGCAGCUAGUGACAGAAUCCGACAUAGACUUGCUUGGCUGAUCGAGCUGAUCAGCGAGAGCUCAAGAAGGCUUCCAGAGCUGAUUCCAAUAGAAUGGUCAUGGGAAAGCACGGAGCGGCGGCAUUGCUUGCGGCGGUCCUGGCGGCGUCUGCGCUUGUUGGCCUCGCCGCCGCCGGCAACUUCUACGAGGAGUGCGACGCGACGUGGGAGCCCCAGAACUGCUGGGCCUACGACGAUGGCAACAGGCUCUCCCUCGCCCUCGUCAGCAACUCAUCAGGCUCCAUGAUCCGGUCGAAGAAGCAGUUCCUCUACGGGACUGUGUCGACCAUGAUCCAGCUUGUCCCGGGCGACUCUGCCGGCACCGUCACAACCUACUACACGUCCUCGCUCGGCGACAACCACGACGAGAUCGACUACGAGUUCCUGGGCAACGUGACCGGGCAGCCCUACACCAUCCACACCAACGUCUACGCCGACGGCGUCGGCAACAAGGAGAUGCAGUUCAAGCCCUGGUUCGACCCCACCGCCGACUACCACAACUACACCAUCUCCUGGGCUCCCUGCUUGAUCGUGUGGUACAUCGACGGCGUCCCCAUCCGUGCGUUCCGCAACUACGAGGCGAGCCACGGCGUGGCGUUCCCGACGAGCCAGCCGAUGUACGCCUACUCCAGCAUCUGGGCGGCCGAGGACUGGGCCACGCAGGGCGGCCGCGUCAAGGCCGACUGGUCCAAGGCGCCCUUCGUCGCCAGCUACCACGGCAUCGACCUCGACGUCUGCGAGUGCUACGGCGGCGGCUGCGUCGCCGGCUGCGCGGCGGCGUUCGGCGGCUCGGGGCGCUACUGCAGCCUGAGCGGCGCGCAGGUGGGGAAGAUGCAGUGGGUGCAGGGCAACUACAGGAUCUACGACUACUGCGCCGACCCCAAGCGCUGGAUCAACGGCCAGAAGCCGGUCGAGUGCGAUCUGCCACAGUACUGAUGAUCAACACCUAAGAGCCUGAUCAAGGAACAUUAUUUGUAAUCAAGAGAGAACCAUACAAUAGUGUGACAGCAUAUAUAUCCUCCCUUUGAGUUUCAACUUACUUGUAUUGGUCGUCUUGUGCUUUUGGUUUACUCUUGUAUCGUCAUAUAUAUGAAAUUUCGGGAAUAAUAAUUAAUUUAUUUUUUAUUUUA